AGUUCGUUUUUGCUCUGCUAUCUGGGAGCGCUCAAUUGCAGGAGAAGGACCGUCAGUCCCCUCUCUGUGUUUGCUGUCAAUGGCUUUCUGGACUUAUUUCAUUUGAAUGUCUGGGCUUUUUCAACACCAAUAAUGGAUAUUUUAUGGAUAUUAUGGAGCAUACCGGCCGUGAUAGCUGUUGAAGAGAUGCUCAUGGAUUCCACCACAGCCACGGCAGAGCUUGGCUGGACGGUCUAUCCUGUGUCGGGGUCAAGUGACAAUAGCUGGGAGGAGGUGAGCGGCUACGAUGAACACAUGAACACCAUCAGGACGUACCAGGUCUGUAAUGUCUUCGACAGCAAUCAGAACAACUGGGUACGGACAAAAUACAUCAGACGUCGUGGUGCACAGCGGAUCCACGUGGAGAUGAAAUUCUCUGUUAGGGACUGCAGUAGCAUCCCGAAUGUCCCAGGCUCCUGUAAAGAAACGUUUAAUCUAUAUUACUAUGAAUCAGAUUCUGACACAGCCACCAGAACAUCCCCGGCAUGGAUGGAAAAUCCCUGGAUCAAGGUUGACACCAUUGCAGCAGAUGAGAGCUUCUCCCAGGUGGACCUUGGAGGAAGAGUGAUGAAGAUUAAUACGGAGGUGCGAAGCUUUGGCCCCGUGUCGAAAAACGGCUUUUACUUGGCCUUUCAGGACUACGGCGGCUGCAUGUCACUCAUCGCAGUCCGGGUCUUCUACAGAAAGUGUCCUCGAAUCAUCACUAAUGGGGCACUGUUCCAGGAGACUCUGUCUGGAGCAGAGAGCACCUCGCUGGUGGCUGCAAGGGGUGUUUGUAUCCCUAACGCAGAAGAGGUGGAUGUUCCCAUAAAGCUUUACUGCAAUGGUGAUGGAGAAUGGAUGGUACCCAUUGGGCGCUGUAUGUGCAAAGCCGGGAAUGAGGCUGUGGAAAAUGGAACCGUUUGUAGAGCCUGUCCAUCAGGAUUUUUCAAGCCUACUCAAGGCGAUGAGUCCUGUAUGCAGUGUCCCAUCAACAGCCGUACCACAAGUGAGGGCGCCAUCAACUGCGUUUGUCGCAAUGGAUACUAUCGUACUGACUCUGAUCCUCUGCAGAUGCCAUGCACAACUGUGCCCUCAGCUCCACAGACCGUGAUCUCAAGUGUGAAUGAAACCUCUGUGAUGCUGGAGUGGAUACCACCUCGAGAUUCUGGAGGUCGUGAGGAUGUAGUCUACAACAUCAUCUGCAAGAGCUGUGGCGGAGGCCGCGGCGGGUGCACCCGGUGUGGGGACAAUGUUCAGUUUUUACCCCGUCAGCUUGGCCUGACAAAAAGUCGGGUGUACAUUAGUGACCUGUUGGCCCACACACAGUACACGUUUGAGGUGCAGGCUGUCAACGGGGUGUCAGAUCAGAGCCCCUACUCUCCUCAGUACGCCUCAGUCAACAUUACCACUAACCAGGCUGCUCCAUCUACUGUGUCUAUAAUGCACCAGGUCAGUCGUACUGUGGACAGCAUCACCCUCUCCUGGUCUCAGCCAGAUCAGCCAAAUGGUGUCAUCUUGGACUAUGAACUACAGUAUUAUGAAAAGGAUCAAUCAGAGUACAACUCUACCACCAUCAGAAGCCAGACCAACACGGCAGUCAUCCGUGGCCUCAAGUCUGGGAGCAUCUAUGUUUUCCAGGUCCGGGCCCGCACUGUAGCUGGGUUUGGACGCUACAGUGGCAAACUGUACUUCCAGACCAUGACGGAGGAGGAAUACAACACAAGCAUUCAGGAGAAACUUCCACUCAUCAUUGGUUCAGCAGCUGCUGGGUUGGUUUUCCUCAUUGCUCUGGUUGUCAUCAUCAUCGUUUGUAACCGGAGGCGUGGCUUUGACAGGGGUGAUUCAGAAUACACAGACAAACUGCAGCACUACACCAGCGGCCACAUGUCUCCAGGAAUGAAGAUUUACAUUGAUCCAUUCACGUAUGAGGACCCAAAUGAGGCAGUGAGGGAGUUUGCCAAGGAGAUUGAUAUAUCCUGCGUGAAGAUUGAACAGGUCAUUGGUGCAGGGGAGUUCGGGGAAGUGUGCAGCGGCAACUUAAAGCUCCCCGGAAAAAGAGAGAUGUUUGUGGCCAUAAAGACCCUGAAGUCUGGCUAUACGGAAAAGCAACGGAGAGACUUCCUGAGCGAGGCCAGCAUCAUGGGUCAGUUUGACCAUCCUAACGUCAUUCAUCUUGAAGGAGUGGUUACCAAGAGCAGUCCUGUAAUGAUCAUCACUGAAUUCAUGGAGAAUGGAUCCCUUGAUACCUUCCUGAGACAAAACGAUGGGCAGUUCACUGUGAUCCAGCUUGUUGGUAUGCUACGUGGCAUUGCUUCGGGCAUGAAGUACCUUGCUGACAUGAAUUAUGUGCAUCGUGACCUUGCUGCUCGGAACAUCCUGGUCAACAGCAACCUUGUGUGCAAAGUGUCAGACUUCGGUCUCUCACGCUUCUUGGAGGACGAUACAUCAGAUCCUACGUACACAAGUGCUCUGGGAGGGAAGAUUCCUAUCCGAUGGACCGCUCCCGAAGCAAUCCAAUACAGGAAGUUCACCUCAGCUAGCGAUGUGUGGAGCUAUGGGAUUGUCAUGUGGGAAGUCAUGUCUUACGGAGAGAGACCUUACUGGGACAUGACCAAUCAAGAUGUCAUUAAUGCUAUAGAGCAGGACUACCGGCUGCCCCCGCCGAUGGACUGUCCCAACGCGCUGCACCAGCUCAUGUUGGACUGCUGGCAGAAGGACCGAAACAACCGUCCCAAGUUUAGCCAGAUUGUUAACAACCUCGACAAGAUGAUCCGUAAUCCGAACACACUGAAAGCUAUGACUCCUUUAUCUUCAGGGGUCCAUCUCCCUCUCCUGGACCGCAGCAUCCCAGACUUCUCCACCUUCAGCACUGUGGAUGAGUGGCUGGAUGCCAUCAAAAUGGGCCAGUACAAAGAAAACUUUGCCAAUUCUGACUUUUCUACAUUUGAUGUGGUGUCUCAGAUGACCAUGGAUGACAUCUUGAGGGUUGGUGUGACUUUAGCAGGCCAUCAAAAGAAGAUCCUGAACAGCGUCCAGAUGAUGCGUGCACAGAUGAACCAGAUUCAGUCAGUGGAGGUUUGACCCUCCUGAGAGGAGCAGAGGGGGGCAAAAGGUGUUGGGAGACAGGGCUCUGGACGUGGAGAAUGCAGUGGAUUUUCUUUUUUCCUGUGUGGCAUUGUGUCUGGUCUUCCCACCAGGCUGCUAUCAAGCCCCACGUUCCCCUCUCCUGUUCCCUCUCUCCUCCUCCUCUCUCUCCUCCCUGGCUCUCCCUCCAUGCUUGGGAUAAGUUGUGGAGAGCUGUGACGCUGCAAGUCAAAGUGAUGAAGAAUCCAGGCGGCCCACAGCCAAACCCACCAUUAGAGCCAGAAAUACGGGAGGUUAGAAGUGACCAGCAAAUCAGUUUCCAAUCUUCCACCAAUUUUAUUUGUUUCAGCAUUUAUUACCCCCUUUUUUUUUGUUUAUUCUGCUAAUUUUGUAAAGAUUUUUUUUUUAAAGAGGAAAAAAAAACUGAUAAGGAAAGGAGUUUAUCUAAAUUUAUAGAUGAUAUGAGGUUGUACACUAGAGAACUGAGUAGGAAAGCUACCCUUUAAAAGGGCAACAAAAGAAACGAAGGAAGAGUUGAGGAGAGGAUCUUCAACAAAGUGUGGAAAUUGUCUUUUGUUUUAAAUGUUGGACCGCAUGUGGAAACGCAGAGAUCUCUGUGGCCUUUUGGAGGACAAAGGGGAACUUGACAUGCACGCCCAACUGGUACCACAGGUAAAUAAAAAAGGAAAAAAAAAAAAAAAAAGAAAUGCAAACCAUGAAAUGGACAACUUGUGGCAUAGACUGAUGUUAAAACCACAAUCAGUGAAAUGGACAAAUCUUGCAGUGAAAUCGGCUCGACAGAAAAUGGGAAAAACUUUUCUCUCACUGAGAGAAAUUUUUAAUGUUGAUAUUUUGUAUUGAAGAAUCCCUCUUGCCAUGCUUCCUCUAACUAAAGACUAGUUUAUUUUUUUUCUCAGUGAAAUAUUCACAGUCUGCCAAAUAGAACUCUUCCCCUUCACACUCUAGUCAUGAUCCUGUGCUGUACAUAUCAGAUGCACUUGACCUGCCAUAACAUGAUGACUCAGAGAUAGUUAUUCUAGGCGAUUAGUUCAAGAGCUGAAGGAACGACUACAGGUACUACAGGGAGGAUUUAAGUAGUUGUUGCCUCUAGCUGCAUCGUUUUAGCUUGUGCAAAAAGAUAGCAAAACUGACUUCCAGCAGAGAUUCUUAGAAAAAGAUAAAAACAAAAAAUAAGAACAGGUUCUACUGUUUACAUCAGACUCUACAGAGAGACAAAAUAAUCAAGUUACAGCAUCCUCCUUCAGGGUGUUUAUCUCAAGUGCCGUCUGUGCGUACUUGCACAUGUUGCACUCACAUGUCACACACACAAAGAGAAAGGUAGCUUCUAACAGUGUCAAAUCUUGUGUUUGAUAGCAUGCUGAGUGAGUGGUUAAUUUCACAGUGCUUUGAUUUGCAGCGAUUAGUCUAGUACUAUAUUCAGUAUUCUUCCAGUUUUCCUGUUUAAAAAAAAAGGAUGUUUAUGCUUCAAUGAUUAAAGUUUUGAUACCACACAGUUGUUUUACAUUCACAGUCAUGUCACAGUCAUACGCUUGUUGAAUAAAAACUAAAAUGUGUGCUAUAUUGUUGCAAUUCUGGUAUGACUAUUUUUGAAUUUCUAUUGUUCCCAUGAGUUUUGAGUUUAUUUUUUGUUACCAACUCUCGGGAUCUUCUUGCUUUCCAUUUAUUUUUGAAGGACAAAUCAUGCACAAAACCAUGUAGAUAAAGCUUUACUUGGUAAAAGCUUCUGUCUUCACAUGUAUGCAUUCAUUGUAUAUUAUUUUAUGAUGACUAACUUUUACAUGAGUACAGAACUGCCAGUCCUGGUUUGUGUUGUUGCUGUUAACCUGUUGUAAGUUUUGUAAAAAAGGGGAGAUGGAGUUCAAGAAAACCCCGUGACUCUUCAAAGAUGGUAAAUCAGACAUGGGUUUAUGCACACGACCAAUAAAUGAUAAGCAGUAAUGCCGAGCUCCUGCCGGGCUCUGCCCUGAGAGCUGACAGACAGACAUGGGUGUCCAGCUGUGAGCCAUCGGUCAGAUGUGUCUGGUCACAGUGGGGCGGCUGCACCCAGAUCACAGCUUCUCUGCCCAGGCACCGAUUUCUUCUCUCUGUCCUCCUGAUAACACACAUGCCUGUCGACCACCUGUCAAACGGCUUCUUCUGAUCUACUCUUAGUCGGCUUUGGCCAGUUGUCUGGUUCCGUCUCGGCGUGUUUAAAACGCAUCAGCAGCAGCAGGCAUAUUAACAUUCAACAGCAUAGCAGUUGUGUCUUGUCUUGUCCUAAUGGUAUGUGCCACUGAGAUUCCUCCAGACUGGACAAUGCUUCUCAUGUUUACUUGAACCAAACCUUCAGACGCUGACCUGAGUUUUCAUGUUCCAACUACAGGCAGCUUUGGCACUAAACACUCUCUUUGAAAAAAAAAAAAAAA